AUGGAAAAUGAUAAAAGCAAUGCAUUUAAUAUUGAAAACGAAAACUUUGAGAUGACAUUAGAUAUUAUCGAUGCUAAUGUAGCAAAAAAGCAAAGUAGCUUAUAUUAUUACGUAAAAAUCCAGAAAUUAAAAGAAUCUUCAGAAGGACUAUUUUUUGCUCUCAACAAUGUAAUGCAGUGCAAGACAUUUGAAUCUUUCAAUGUAGUUUUGGAUAUAUUCAAUAAUUUAUUAUUACUCCAAGGAAUAACAUGGAUACAUUUUCAAAAUGAAGAAGAAAAAAUAAGCGCCAUUGAGUCAGUAAAAGAAAUAUUCUUUUUUGAAAUCGAAAACUCUAAAUUUACCGAACAUAUCGAAUUUGAAACUGUAAUUAACAAGAUCAGGAUAAAACUCAUAUUUGAUGCGUACAACAGCAAAAUAUACAAUCAUAAGGAACUAAUUUUAUCAUCGCUUUCCACUUUAAAUCCAAAACAUUCUUUAAAAUUUAUUCUUGAAAUUGAAAAUUCCUUAGUAAUCAGGCCGUACAUGACGAGAUAUGACUAUGAUGCAUUCAUUAAUGACCUUAAUAUUGACGGAACUCAAUCAGAAUUACUAGAUUUUGUUAUCAAAAAGAUUAACGACGGAAAUAUAGAAUUUUUAGAAUGCCUAGCAUCACUUAUUAGAUGGGUCGAUAUAAACCUACUGAAUUUAGAGUCUGCUCGAAGUGCUGUUAAAAUGUUUUUAGAAAACCCUCAAACAACAGCUCUCGCGCUUAAAUGUAUCACGUCACUUCUCAAAAGGAGCAUUACUGCAGCAGAAUUUGUUGAAUAUAUUGAUUAUUUCGAACUUGACAAUAUAAUUAUGAGAAUUUUACAAAAAGAAGACCUGAAGACUAAUGAUUUCUUGAUUACUGUUGAUUGCUUAAUCGAAAUCUGUCAACUUGAUGACAUUUUCACGAGAUUUUGGGAUCAAUAUUCUUAUGCUUUUAUUUAUUCAAUUAUCAGAUGCCCAAAUGCAAGAAAGAUGCCAGAUUCAAUCGUUACAUACGCAAAAUCCCAUCAAGAUGAUUGUCAGAAGUUAAUCGAACUUGAAAUUCGUUGUUUCAGUGAGGUUUUGCAGGCAAAAGACCCACCAGACUUCGAAAGAUCCAUUUCUAAUAUAAUGACCAACUUAACUAGCAUGUAUAACCUUGCUUUUGUAAAUAAAAAUCCUAAUACCAAUAAACGACCAGUUUAUUGUCUUCUUGAAGAUAUCCUCGAACAAAUAAUCAAUAACGAUGAAUAUGUUAACGAAGAAGAGAUGAUUGUAAUUGGUUUAUCAAAUUAUUACGAUAAAUCAAGAAAUUUUGAAGACAUGGCACUUUUGAUAAAGGAUUUAUCCGGUUUCAUGCGUAAUGACAUCUUUACAACAAGAAGAUUGAGGUGUUAUUCGGAAUAUCUUAGUUUAUUCGACAAUAAAACAGAAAAGUUCGAAGGAGUUAUAGAAUGUGGUGAGGUUGCUUUCAAAAAAGCGUUUGAUACACUUUUUGCCGACGAAAACUUAAUUUCUACUUUUGAAGGAAAAGAAAUUUUGACACAACUGAAAAAUUUCCUAGAAUCAACAAGUUCGGACUACAUAAGUCAACUACAGGACGAUAUACCAACGAUUAUCGAGAAAUUGUUCCAAUUCGGAUCUGAAGAUUCAAUUAAUUUAUCUUGUACAUUAAUAGCAAAGAUUCAAGACCAGGAUAUCAAGGACACAUUAUUUACUCAAUGUUUUGAGGCUAUUAUCAAUGCAGAAUAUGAUGAUGAAGACAAAUUAUUUAAAUAUGGAUUUGAUUUUCUACAAAAAAUCAAAUUUACACCAUACGAUGCUAUCAAAUCCCUUUACACAAAAUUCUUCUCAUUGGUUGCUGAGCAAAAAGCGUAUAUUUCUGAAUUAAUUCUCACAUCAACCGAAAUUUUCGGUUACGAAGCCUUUCCAAUGAUAUGGGACUCGAUCAGAUAUGAGUGGAAUAAGGUGAAAGUCCGAAUUAAUUUACUUAAAGCCGCAUUGGAGCUUCCUUUAGACCAAGAUAUUCAAAAUUACAUCAUCGACCUGUUCAAAUUGAUUGCUAAUCAGAUAGUUGCUUGUGAUCCAAAACACCAAGACCUAUUCUAUACUUAUCAUAGCUAUUUGGCUUCAUUUAUAGUAAAAUUUUUCGAUAAUUUUGUUCCAGAUGAAGACAAACUUAAUUACCUUGACACAAUUGUUGAUUUCUUCUGCAGAGCUGACAUUUUCAAACUGGCUUUGGAAACAAUUAUGCCGUUUUUCAUUGAAAAAAUCCCAGAUGCGCUUCCGAUCUUCGCAGAAGCAAGAUUUAUAUCAUUUGAGAUCUUAUUUAGAGAUCUUAAAAUAACAAAAGAGGACGCACAAUUCUAUUUCAAGUUGUUCUACAGAUAUCAUCAGAAAUUAUUCCAAGUUAAUCCAGAAGCAUUCCAGAAUUCAGUUAAAUAUGUUGGUGAAAGCAAUAUAUUCGGUCAAUACCUUAAUGCUGUCCAAGGUUUGAUGCCGAUUGAAAAAUUUAUUCAACAUUAUAAUUCUCCACAUUAA